AUGCCCUUGCGCCCAAUUGUGAGCAGUGUAGGAUCAAUUAUGUACAACAGUGCCAAAUACCUUGCAAAAGUUAUGUCACCACUUGUGGGGAAAACUAACCAUCACAUUAAGAAUUCAAAACAUUUUGCAGGGAUAAAAGACAAAACGGUGAAUGAGGAUGAGAUCUUCGUGUCAAAUGAUGUAAGUGCGUUAUUUACAAGUGUACCCGUGGGCAAGACAUUGACGGUCAUUAAAGACAAACUCUCUACAGACACCACCCUUUCUCAAAGAACACCGCUAUCAGCAGAUCGGGUAACUAGACUGUUAGAACUUUGCCUAAAAUGCACCUAUUUUGUGUACGAUGGACAAUACUACCUCCAGAUUCACGGAGCUGCCAUGGGAUCGCCGGUAUCCCCCAUAGUAUGCAACCUAUACACGGAACAUUUUGAGUCGUUGGCACUUUCAACAGCACCCACCCUCCGGGUUGGUGGUUCCGUUUUGUGGACGACACUCAUACCAAGCAAGCAGCUGAGGCAGUAUGUUAAUGAAUUUACAGAUCACAUCAACAGUAUUGACCCGGAUAUUAAGUUCACCAUAGAGAAGGAAGACAACGGGACUUUGGCAUUUUUAGAUACGAACACUGUAAGACUCAUUGAUGGUCAUUUGAAAACAACAGUAUUUCGGAAACCAACACAUACUGAUCAGUAUCUGGAUUUUAACUCAGCGCACCCAGAAGAACACAAACUUGGAGUUAUAAGAACUUUACACCAAAGGGCGGAAGUGGUGACCUCAGAUCCUACAGAUCUAAAGGCCGAAAUAAAACAUGUGAAUAAAGCCCUAAAUGUGUACAAUUACCCAAGAUGGGCAGUUAACAAAGUUAAGAAACAUCUGUUGAAAAGAAAAGACCAAAGUAGAAGGAAAACAUCGGAUAGAAAAGACUCAAAGGGAAGUGUCACAUGA